ACUCAACCCACUCAAACCCUAAAAAAAUACAAAACAAUCACAAUGAAGAAUCCUUCAGUGGUCUCUUUUUUCAUCACUCUCUUGGCUGCAGCUGUUUUCACCCACGGAAAAGAACCGGUGAAGGAUACAGCCGGAAAUUCACUUAACGCCGGUGAACUAUACUUCAUCCAGCCAGUUAAGACUAAAAGUAAAAACGGAGGUGGUCUUGUCCCAGCCGCCAUUACAGUACUUCCCUUUUGUCCACUUGGCAUCACCCAAACACUUCUUCCGUACCAACCCGGCCUACCGGUUGGCUUCGUAUUACCACUUGGCGUAAGAUCAACCGUCAUGACAUCUUCGGCUGUAAACAUCGAGUUCAGGGCCAACAUCUGGCCGUUUUGCAAGGAGUUUUCCAAGUUUUGGGAAGUUGAUGAUUCCUCAUCGGCUCCCAUGGAGCCUUCAAUUCUCAUCGGAGGUAAACUGGGGGAGCAAAAUAGCUCGUUUAAGAUUGAGAAAGCUGGAGAAGGAGCUAGAGCAAACGUUUAUAAGUUGACCACCUUUUACGGAACCGUUGGAGCCAUCCCAGGGGUUUGGUUAAGCGCACCACAACUAAUUGUCACCAAUGAUACUGCUAAGACCUUACUCGUCAAAUUCAAAAAGGUUGAUGAUGCUACACGUACGGCUGCUACUUCUUCUUCUAGGGUUGAGAAUUUAGGUCUAAGGAUGUUCCCGUUCUACUACUAAAUAGUAAUCAACUGGUAUUGUAAUAUUAAGCCUGAGACUCGUCCAUGGCCAAAAAUAAGGGGUUGAGAUAAUACCUGCAUGAUGUUCUUAUUUUCCAUAAAUAAAAGAAAAUAUCUGGU